AUGCGUGUUUCAUUAAAUGAUAAUUUAAUUACAAAUAUCGAAAUCCAUCGAUCGAUCGAUUUAUAUUUUUUUUAUAGGUACAGCGCAGGUUACGAUCUUGCGGCGAGACGUAAAAAUGCAACGCGGGAAUCAACGGCAACAUUGAAAGCAUGGCUCAACGAACAUAAAAAAAAUCCGUAUCCGACCAAAGGUGAAAAAAUUAUGUUGGCAAUAAUAACGAAAAUGACUUUGACUCAAGUGUCGACGUGGUUUGCCAACGCAAGGCGAAGACUGAAAAAAGAAAAUAAAAUGACGUGGGAGCCGAAAAACAAAACGGAUGACGAUGACGAUGCCAUCGUAUCAGACACCGACGAUAAGGAUAAAGAUGAUUUAUCAUACGAUUCGGAAAAGGUUAAGGAUCGUUUGAGAGAGGUUGAUAAAGUACCGCAGCCAAUUGAUCGGGGAGAGCGGGAAACUACCCUUAAUCAAAUUAAUAGUAAUGAAAAGAGAAAUUAA